AUGGUUGACGGUAAAGGCGACGAAGGAAUUGUACAAAGUGUCGCUGAUAUCAAUGAAAUGAGCGAACAGGUAUUCGAUUAUUUAUUAGGAACAGUAUUGUUGGAGCCUUGUUUCAAAGUUCAUCGAAUUGCUAAAAUUACAAAUGCUGUGCUACCACCACCAGUUGAUAUGCAAAAUGAACCUACUAUAGUGGGUGAAUAUGAUAUUUUUGGCAGUACAUUAAUCUCACAAACGAAACAUCAAAAAAAUAUGGACGUUAUAUGCGAUGAAUGCAAACGACCUAUCGCAGCAUGUCGUUUCGCUCCGCAUCUUGAGAAAUGCAUGGGAAUGGGACGAAGUAGCUCGCGAGUUGCAAAACGUCGCAUAAAUCAAGCAAUGAACUACACCACUUCCAUGAAGAAUUCGCUUUCAGAAGGUCGCUUACGUGAAUAUUCUGGUCGAGACAGCGAUAUGGAUCACUCUGAUGAGGAUUCACAUCAUACGGGAGCGGACGAUGAUGAAGAUUGGGCAAGCAGCAGAAAGUCUCGAAAGUCGAAAAAGUCAAAAUCAAGAAAUCGGACAAAAACGGUGUUCUACUGA